AUGGAUGUAAUUUGUGGUGUUGAUCUGCUGGGGUGGGACAGAGCUGGCCAGCAUCCUUUGUCAGAUGAAUUUGUGGAUAUUGCCAGUCUCAGUGCUCAAGAGUACCCAGAUUUUAUUUUGGGAGUGGCAGGGAAGAGUGGUCUUGGAGUUCCUGUUGGAUUUGUUGUAAUUUAUUCUCUCUACAACUACGAUGCCAGGGGACCAGAUGAGCUUUCCUUACAGAUUGGUGACACCGUGCACAUACUGGAAACUUAUGAGGGUUGGUACAGGGGUUAUACACUACGAAAGAAGUCCAAGAAGGGCAUAUUCCCUGCCUCCUAUAUCCAUCUUAAGGAAGCAAUUGUUGAAGGCAAAGGGCAACACGAGACAGUGAUCCCCAGUGAGCUGCCCCUGAUCCAGGAGGUGACCACCACUCUGAGGGAAUGGUCCAUCAUCUGGAGGCAGCUCUAUGUGCAGGACAACAGGGAGAUGUUCCGCAGUGUCCGGCACAUGAUUUACGACCUGAUCGAGUGGAGAUCCCAAAUCCUCUCCGGGACCCUGCCCCAAGAUGAGCUCAAGGAGCUGAAGAAGAAAGUGACUGCCAAAAUUGAUUAUGGCAACAGAAUUCUGGAUCUAGAUCUGGUGGUUAGAGAUGAAGAUGGCAACAUUUUGGACCCAGAGCAGACCAGCACCAUCAGCCUUUUCAGAGCACAUGAAGUUGCUUCCAAGCAAGUGGAGGAGAGGCUGCAGGAGGAAAAAUCUCAGAAACAGAAUAUUGAUAUCAACAGACAAGCCAAGUUUGCUGCCACUCCUUCAUUUGCUUUAUUUGUAAAUUUAAAAAACGUCGUGUGUAAAAUAGGAGAAGAUGCUGAAGUCCUGAUGUCUCUGUAUGACCCACUGGAAUCCAAAUUUAUCAGUGAGAACUACCUGGUGAGGUGGUCGAGCUGUGGCCUGCCCAAGGACAUUGACAGACUGCACAACCUGCGAGCCGUGUUCACCGACCUGGGCAGCAAGGACCUGAAAAGAGAGAAGAUCAGUUUUGUGUGCCAGAUCGUGCGCGUGGGCAGGAUGGAGCUGCGGGACAACAACACGAGGAAGCUCACGUCGGGGCUGCGCAGACCCUUCGGGGUGGCAGUGAUGGAUGUUACUGACAUCAUUAAUGGGAAGGUUGAUGAUGAGGACAAGCAGCACUUCAUCCCAUUCCAGCCGCUAGCGUUGGAUGACGCCAUUCGACACAAGCAGCUGAACAUAUCAUCCCGUUUUUCACCCAGGGUGGCAGGGGAGAAUGAUUUCCUGCAGACUGUUAUAAACAAAGUGAUUGCUGCCAAAGAAGUCAACCACAAGGGUCAGGGUCUGUGGGUGACUUUGAAACUUCUUCCAGGAGAUAUCCAUCAGAUUAGGAAAGAGUUUCCACACUUAGUGGACAGGUCAACAGCAGUGGCUCGGAAAAUGGGCUUUCCUGAGAUUAUCAUGCCUGGAGAUGUUCGUAAUGACAUCUACGUCACCUUGGUGCAGGGAGAUUUUGACAAAGGCAGUAAAACCACAGCAAAGAACGUGGAAGUCACAGUGUCUGUUUAUGAUGAAGAUGGCAAGAGAUUAGAGAGUGUUAUUUUUCCUGGUGCUGGUGAUGAAGCCAUCUCCGAGUACAAGUCAGUGAUCUAUUACCAAGUAAAGCAGCCUCGCUGGUUUGAGACUGUAAAGGUCGCAAUCCCCAUUGAGGACGUGAACCGCAGCCACCUGAGGUUCACCUUCCGCCACAGAUCCUCCCAGGACUCCAAAGAUAAAUCUGAGAAAAUCUUUGCUCUGGCAUUUGUGAAGCUCAUGAGAUAUGAUGGGACAACUCUGAGAGAUGGAGAGCACGACCUUAUAGUUUACAAGGCAGAAGCCAAGAAGCUGGAGGAUGCCUCGACCUAUCUCAGUCUGCCCUCCACGAAAAUCGAGCUGGAGGAGAAGGGACACUCAGCAACGGGCAAGAGCAUGCAGAACCUCGGGAGCUGCACCAUCAGCAAAGACUCUUUCCAAAUUUCCACUCUGGUCUGCUCAACGAAGCUUACCCAGAACGUUGAUCUCUUGGGGCUGCUGAAGUGGAGAUCCAACACGAGCCUGUUGCACCAGAACUUGAAGCAGCUGAUGAAAGUUGAUGGUGGUGAAGUGGUCAAGUUUCUUCAGGAUACACUGGAUGCCCUUUUUAACAUCAUGAUGGAGAACUCGGAGAGUGAGACCUUUGACACUUUGGUGUUUGAUGCUUUGGUAUUUAUCAUUGGACUGAUAGCUGACAGAAAAUUUCAGCAUUUCAACCCUGUCUUGGAGACCUACAUCAAGAAGCAUUUCAGUGCUACCUUGGCCUAUACAAAACUGACCAAGGUUUUAAAAACAUACGUGGACAAUGCUGAGAAGUGUGGUAUCACUGAUCAACUCUUCAAAGCCAUGAAAGCCUUGGAAUACAUCUUCAAGUUCAUUGUCCGGUCCAGGAUAUUGUUCAACCAGUUGUAUGAAAACAAAGGAGAAGCAGACUUCAGGGAAUCUCUGCUGCAGCUCUUUAAGUCCAUCAAUGAGAUGAUGAGCAGCAAUUCUGACCAGACUGUCAUAGUGAAGGGGGCAGCACUUAAAUACUUGCCAGCAAUUGUCAACGAUGUGAAAUUAGUGUUUGAUCCCAAGGAGCUCAGCAAGCUCUUCACAGAGUUCAUCCUGAACGUGCCCAUGAGUCGUUUGACCAUCCAGAAGCUUUACUGCCUCAUCGAGAUCGUGCACAGCGACCUCUUCACCCAGCACGACUGCAGGGAAAUCUUGCUGCCAACAAUGACAGACCAGCUCAAGUAUCACUUGGAGAGACAAGAAGAUUUGGAGGCUUGCUGCCAGUUGCUGAGUAACAUCCUGGAAGUGCUCUACAAGAAAGAUGUGGGCCCCACACAACGCCAUGUCCAGAUCAUCAUGGAGAACCUGCUGAGGACAGUGAACAGAACUGUGAUUUCCAUGGGACGGGACUCAGAGCUCAUUGGGAGUUUUGUGGCCUGCAUGACAGCCAUCCUGAGGCAAAUGGAGGAUUAUCACUAUGCCCAUUUAAUCAAGACUUUUGGCAAGAUGAGGUCGGAUGUUGUGGAUUUCCUGAUGGAAACGUUCAUCAUGUUCAAGAACCUCAUUGGGAAGAACGUCUAUCCCUUCGACUGGGUGAUCAUGAACAUGAUGCAGAACAAAGUCUUCCUGCGAGCAAUUAAUCAGUAUGCAGAUAUGCUAAACAAAAAAUUCCUUGAUCAAACCAACUUUGAGUUACAGCUCUGGAACAACUAUUUCCACCUGGCUGUUGCUUUUCUCACGCAAGAAUCUUUACAACUGGAGAAUUUUUCAAGUGCUAAAAGAGCAAAAAUCCUUAACAAGUACGGGGACAUGAGGAGGCAGAUUGGGUUUGAGAUCAGGGACAUGUGGUACAACCUGGGUCAGCAUAAAAUCAAGUUCAUCCCAGAAAUGGUGGGACCUAUCCUGGAGAUGACACUGAUCCCAGAAACGGAGCUGCGGAAAGCCACGAUCCCAAUCUUCUUUGACAUGAUGCAGUGUGAAUUCCACUCCACCAGGAGCUUCCAGAGGUUCGAGAACGAGAUCAUCACCAAACUGGAUCACGAAGUGGAAGGAGGCCGUGGAGAUGAGCAGUACAAAGUGUUAUUUGACAAAAUUCUCUUGGAGCACUGCAGGAAGCACAAAUACCUGGCAAAGAGCGGGGAGACUUUUGUGAAGCUGGUGGUGAGGCUGAUGGAGAGGCUGCUGGACUACAGGACCAUCAUGCACGACGAGAACAAGGAGAACCGCAUGAGCUGCACCGUCAACGUGCUGAAUUUCUACAAGGAGAUCGAGAGGGAAGAGAUGUACAUAAGGUACCUGUACAAGCUGUGUGACCUGCACAAGGAGUGUGAUAACUACACAGAGGCUGCCUACACCUUACUCCUGCACGCAAAGCUCCUCAAGUGGUCAGAAGAAGCAUGUGCAGCACAUCUUACCCAGCGGGAUGGAUACCAAGCUGCUACUCAAGGACAGCUGAAAGAUCAGCUCUAUCAAGAAAUUAUCCAUUACUUUGACAAGGGCAAGAUGUGGGAAGAGGCCAUUGCCUUGGGUAAAGAGCUUGCAGAACAGUAUGAAAAUGAAAUGUUUGAUUAUGAACAACUCAGUGAACUGCUGAGAAAACAAGCCCAGUUCUAUGAAAACAUCGUGAAGGUGAUACGACCAAAACCAGAUUAUUUUGCUGUUGGAUACUAUGGCCAGGGAUUCCCAACAUUCAUAAGGAACAAAGUGUUCAUUUACCGGGGCAAGGAGUACGAGCGGCGCGAGGACUUCGAGGCGCGGCUGCUGACGCAGUUCCCCAACGCCGAGAAGAUGAAGACAACGUCCCCCCCCGGAGAGGACAUCAAAACCUCCUCUGGCCAGUAUAUCCAGUGCUUCACUGUAAAGCCCAAACUGGAUUUACCCUCCAAAUUUCACAGACCGGUGUCAGAGCAAAUCGUGAGUUUCUACAGGGUGAAUGAAGUCCAACGCUUCGAGUAUUCACGCCCUGUUCGAAAAGGAGAGAAAAACCCAGACAACGAAUUUGCAAACAUGUGGAUUGAGAGAACCAUCUAUGUGACAGCCUAUAAAUUACCAGGGAUCCUCAGGUGGUUUGAAGUCAAAUCAGUUUUCAUGGUGGAGAUCAGCCCUCUGGAAAAUGCCAUUGAAACCAUGCAGCUGACCAAUGAUAAGAUCAAUAAUAUGGUGCAGCAGCAUCUGAAUGACCCCAACCUCCCCAUCAACCCCCUGUCCAUGCUGCUCAACGGCAUCGUGGAUCCUGCAGUCAUGGGGGGCUUCACCAACUACGAGAAGGCUUUUUUUACUGAAAAGUACAUGCACGAGCAUCCAGAGGAUCAUGACAAGAUUGAGAAGCUGAAGGAUCUGAUUGCUUGGCAGAUCCCAUUCCUGGCUGAAGGCAUCCGGAUCCAUGGGGAGAAGGUGACAGAGGCCCUGAGGCCAUUCCAUGAGAGGAUGGAGGCGUGCUUCAGGCAGCUGAAGGACAAGGUGGAAAAGCAGUACGGGGUCCGCGCCAUCCUGUCCAGCCUGGAUGAGCGCCGGGGCGGCCGGCCCCGCUCCAUGGUCCGCUCCUUCACCAUGCCCUCGUCAUCCCGACCCCUCUCCGUGGCCUCUGUGUCCUCCCUCUCCUCGGACAGCACACCCUCCCGGCCUGGAUCCGAUGGGUUCGUGCUGGAGCCCCUCCUGCCAAAAAAGAUGCAUUCUAGGUCGCAAGAUAAACUGGACAAGGAUGACCUAGAUAAAGAUAAAAAAGAAAAGAAGAAGGAGAAGAGGAACAGCAAGCAUCAAGAGAUAUUUGAUAAAGAAUUUAAAUCUACUGAUAUUUCUCUGCAGCAGGCUGAAGCAGUGAUCCUCUCAGAAACGAUCAGCCCCCUGAGGCCGCAGAGACCCAAGAGCCAGGUGCUGAACGCGAUGUCCAGCGAGCGGCGAUUCUCCGUGUCCCCAGCGCCGCCCAGCUCCCAGCUCAGCCCGCCCCCCAUCACCCCUCGGACCAAACUCGCCUUCAGCAUCCAGCCCAAUCUGGAGCUCAAUGGGAUGUCCAGCUCCGACAUCCCCGACGUUCCCCCUCCUCUGCCCCUCAAAGGAAGCACAGCAGACUAUGGGAACCUCCUGGAGAUCCAGGACUUGAGCAGCCCCACCACGUCCCCCCCUGCCCACCAGCGGCACCUGCCUCCUCCACUCCCCAGCAAGACUCCGCCGCCGCCGCCUCCCAAGACGACGCGCAAGCAAACGUCUGUUGACUCUGGGAUUGUUCAGUGA